AUGCACCGGGGUCUUCGCCUACUGUGCAAGCAGGCAGCAAGGGGGGCCCCCUUGCUGCGGGGGCCCCCCUUGCUGCUGUUCUCAGAGCCCCUUUGGUUGUAUAACGGAAAGAGGCUGAUAAGGGGUAGUGCAGCAGCAGCAGCAGCAGCACCGACUAAUGCCCCCGCAGCAGCAGUAGCCGCAGCAACAGCAGCAGAAGCAGCUGUGGCUGCUGCUGCUGCGGCUGCUGCGGCUACGCCUGCACAUCGGGGAGCUUCUUCAGACUUUGCUGCAUCUCGGGAUGUCCGUACAGACGCACAGAGAGGGGAGGCAGCAGCAGCAGCAGCUGCUGCUGCUGCUGCAGCAAGUGCUGCAGCAACAGCAGCAGCACCAGAAGGCAAGGCAGCGGAGACAUCCGUACCCAGGGAGGCUUCUAGCGACAGCAGCAGCGCUAAGGACAUCAGCAGCAGCAGCAGUACCAACCUUGACAGCAGCAACAGCAGCAACAGCAGCAAACUCACAAGCAGCAGCAGCAGCAACGGCGGCAACACCACAGCACCAGAAGAAAGCCACAGCAGCAGCACCCCAAGCGCUCCCCGAAACAACACGGAGAACGAGAACAGCAACAGCAGCAGCAGCAACAGCAACAGCAGCAGCAGCAGCAACAGCAGCAGCAGCACGAAGGCGUGGUGGGAUAUACAGUGGACGUGGGCAUUUGGCCUCUCUGCUGCUUGUGGGGCCUCCUUCAGUGUCUGGCUUCUGUAUGAACUCAUAGAGAGUGGGUUUAUGGAUUAG